AUGGAGUUACCGAUCCCCGAGAAGCUGGAGAAGUUGUGGGAUAAAUGGGAUAUCCCAGCCUGCGUUCUCUUAAGCCUCUUGAUGCAAGUUUUCUUAGUACUUUUUGCAUCAUUGAGACAACGGAGUAGAAAUCCAUUUCUUCUCUUUUUCAUCUGGUCGGCUUAUUUGAUCGCCGAUUGGAUCGCUACAGUUACUAUCGGACUCAUCACCAAAGUUCAGACUCAGACUGACCCUUUUCACCCUCAUGUCAAUCAAGACCUUUAUGCCUUUUGGGCUUCAUUUCUUUUGUUGCAUCUUGGUGGCCCUGAUUUCAUUACUUCAUUUGCUCUGGAGGACAACGAAUUUUGGCUGAGGCAUUUGUUCGGGCUCAUUUUACAGGUUAUGGGCGCUGCUUACUCCAUCUUUCUAACUCUUCCCAACAACAAUCUAUGGCUUCCAACCAUUCUAGUCUUUGUUGUUGGAACUGUUAAAUAUGCAGAAAGGACAAUGUCUCUGUAUCUUGCCAGCUCCAAUCAGUUUGGAGCUACUGUUCAUGUUUUAGGAGAACUAGAUGUUGGGGAUACCAAGUUUGAUUCCAAUCUAGCUUCACAAUCAUCAAAUCACAUGGAGUUGCUGAUAGUUUCCUAUUCCCUUUUCCAAAGCUUCAAAGGGAUUGUUGCCGGGUUCACUACUUUCGGUGAGAAAAUGGUAGAAUCAUGUGAAAAGCUGUUUUUUGAACAUGUAAAAGAAAUUCCAAAUGUGGCUUUUAAACUGGUGGAGUACGAGCUCAGUUUCUUGUACGAGGUUCUUCACACCAAGGUUAUUGUGGUACAUAGUAGAAUUGGAUUUAUAUUUCGUUUGAGUAGCUUCUUUUUAAUCAUUGGAGCCUUUUUAUUGUUCCACUUUGCGGUAGUAGUUGAUCACAAUAAGCAUGAUCAUGAUCAUGAUAAAUUUGGUGGAUUUGAAUUGUCACUUACUUAUGCCUUGCUCAUUGGAGCUAUAGGACUCGAUACCAUAUCUGGAAUUAAUCUCAUGUUUUCUGAUUGGAUCCUGGUUUCCAAUAAUGGAUUGAUAAAGAUGUGGAGAAAAUAUAUUCCAGAAUUUGUUUUAAAAAGAAAAAGAUGGUGUGGGUCGGUUUCCCAGUAUAACAUGAUAGAUUAUUGCUUAGAUGAACGUUGGAUAUGGAAAUGCAAUAAGUUUCCCGACUGUUUUAGAGCCAUGACAGACAGUAUCAAAUUCAUGUUAUUUUCGUCAUCGGUGGAUGAUAUUGAAGAACUCAAGUGCUUCAUCUUUGAAAAGCUCACUACCAGUUUGAUUAUAAGUGUUGAUGUAGAGUAUAGCACGACUGAUAGUGUUAAUUAUGCUCAAACAGUUCUUCAAUUGCAUUUAGCCACUGAAAUUUGUUAUCACCAUCAGACAGAGACAGAAUUAAAUUCUUAUACGGAUGAAGAAAAGAGGGAAAGAAGAAUGAGCAAGAUGAUUUCGGAUUAUAUGUUUUACCUUCUGAUCAUGAAGCCUGAAAUGCUCGGUUCAUCAGUUGAGGGAAAUUGGAAAAAGUUCUUGCAGGAUACAUUUGCAGAGGCCAAGUCACGUUUGAUGGAAUACGACAUAUAUGAUCAUGCACAAGCCUGCAAGCAUUUUAUGGAUAAAUAUAACCAUGUGGAAGACAAAUCGACCACCACGACAAGCAGGCAUGGAAAUUAUGGAAAAAAAGCUAGUAGCAAAUCUUUGCUGUCAGAGGCAUGUAAACAAGGACAAGAAAUUAAAAGAACAAAUUGGAAAGGAAUGAGUUCCCGUUGGCUUUUCUGCUUCUUCUAUGCAAUCAUGAAUUGCAGAACAUUGUUACAUGCACAGCAGCCAAGUAGGGGUGGUGAACUUUUCACUUUCACUCGGUUUCUCAUCCAACAUGUAUGCUCGGUCUCUUUCUUGGAUGACAUAGAUGAAUUUGAAAAUACCCUACCUGCUGUCUCAAUCUUCUCAUCAGAUGAUCAACCCAUGCCGAACCCACCAUAG